GGAAUAUGUCGGCAUUCUAAUAAUGAAAGGAGUGUGUCACAGAAAAGGAAUCAGGAAGAAGAACUCCAUGACAGAAUGCUAAACACAAUUGAUGGGCUCAGUUCCGUUAAACCCUGGUUUGGUAAAUCAGAUGACUUUUAUGCCUUCCUGUUAUUUUUCACUGCUGAUGGCUUGGAAAGAGAGUACCGCACCCUCAGAAUACCUAAGAUCCGGAAUUAUUUCUUGUGUGCCAGUAUAGUUUUCCUGUGCAUAUUCUUGAUCCAGAUUUUGGUCAUGCCAAGGAGUGUGAAACUAGGUGUUUCAUUUGCUGUGGUGUCUUUGAUAAUCAUUUGCGUGUUGCUUAUUUGC